AAUAAUGUCACCUGAUGGAUGCACAAUUGGACCAAACUUGGGUGCUCAGUUGUAGGGAGUUUGUAUUGACCUGUUGCUAUGGUAACCACAUCAGGUCAGAAAACCUGUCUCACUUUAACCGGUAACUGUGGGCAGCAGAGGGAGGUGUUUGGCGUUGUGGGAGGAGUUUAAUGGUGUCUGUUAGUGCGAGGAAGAGGAGGGGGAUUAGGAUUUCGGUGAUCAGCUGUUAAUGGGAUCAGAAGUGCACGCGGGUUUAGGAUGACGCGCCGCAGCGCGCUCACAUUCUCACCUCCACGAGGCUGCAGGAAGGUUCGGUUCCCGCAAAAUGGACCUGCAGCCCCGCACGAUGGCCUUGACAGCAGCAGUUCAGGUUCUUUCCCCUGCUACUUAUUGGAUCGGAUCACACCUCUGAAGCCACUUCACUCUCUGUGCCGAACUUGUGGGACUGUUGGUUUGGGUUCUUUAGAGGAGCAAAAUGCCGUUCAUGGUGGUGAAGUUUGACCUGCAGAAGCGGGUCCGACUGGCUCAGGGUCUGUGGAUGCUCUACUGGACCUCCGUUCUGGCGGGGAUUGUGCUCUUCAGCCUCGGCAUCUUCUUCAAGAUCGAGCUGAGGAAGAGGAGCGAGAUCAUGAACAACAGCGAGAGCCACCUGGUGCCGAACCUGCUCAUCCUGCUGAGCCUGGUGGCGUGCGGGAUCAACGCCUUCGGCGGGAAGAUGUGCCACGACUCCCUGGACCCGCAGAAGUUCACCAAGAUGAAGCCGGCUCUGAAGCCGUUCUUCGCGCUGAGCUGCGGCCUGGUGGCGCUGCUGCUGCUGCAGGUGCUGCUGUGCGUGCUCAUGCAGUUCUCCGUGUACCUGACGCUGGCGGAGGGCCUGCAGUUCGCGCUGCGCUUCUACAAGGACACGGACACGCCGGGCCGCUGCUACAUGAAGAGGACGCUGGACAUGACCCAGAUCGAGUUCCGCUGCUGCGGAAACAACAACUUCCGGGAUUGGUUCGAGUUGCAGUGGAUCAGCAACCGGUACCUGGACAUGAGCAACGACUUGGUCAAAGACCGUGUCCUCAGCAACGUGGAGGGGAAGUACCUUAUGGACAGCGUGCCGUUCAGCUGUUGCAAUCCUGGGUCUCCACGGCCCUGCAUCCAGCACCACCUGACCAAUAACACCGCCCACUAUGAUUACGACCACCGCACUGAAGAGCUCAACAUCUGGACGCGUGGCUGUCGUGAAGCGGUUUUCUCCUACUACAGCAGUAUCAUGACCAGUAUCGGAGCCAUCGUCAUCGGGGUUAUCAUCCUUGAGACAGCAGACAUGGCGGGGCUCAAGUAUCUGAGUACGGCUCUGGAGACGAUGGCAGACCCUGAAAACCCGGAGUGCGAGAGUGAAGGCUGGCUGCUGGAGAAGGGCGUGAAAGAGACUUUAGGUGACAUGAUCGGCAAACUCAAAACCCUGGGGAGGGCCAACCAGGUGGAGGAGGGAGGAGACGCACCCGAGGCCACCACCUGAUCCUCCAACCACCACAGCAGACUGAACGUCACACGUCUCUAUUUGUGAUGAGAUGUUCACACUCACACACAUUUUUUCAUUCUGUAAAUACGUUAAACAGAUGUUAAACAGACUUUGUUUUUUUUAACAGCAUGAACAGAAAUAACUUUCACACCCUUACACCACAGACCUUUCAAACAAUACUGCUCACCAGGGCUGACAUUAGUUCGUCUGAGUCAGUCCUCAGAGAGGCACCGUCACUCUCAAAUCACUCACAGGACUGGUUGGCAUGGAAACAAAACAACUAAACCAAAUUUAGGUGGUUAAAGUACAGAUUACUUUAAAAAAAAGGAAAGCACAAACUAAAAGAGGUGUACAAACUAAGGCACAUGCACUUCUAUAUACACACAUUAGAAACCACAUACAGAUGUUGACACUGGGGCAGAAUCACCUCAAGACACUAUUUACUACAGGGACGAGUAAAAGUUGUUGACAGUACAACAAAAGUGAAUCUCAUUAGCACUGUUGCUAACAUACAGAGAAGAAAGGGGGCUUUGCUUUUCACAGCGGAGGCGAUCCUUCAGAAGACAACUGUCACUCUAAAUGGUGUUCUGGAUUUAAAGAACGUAUUAACGGAGGGAAAAAGUUAAUUUUUUUUUAUUGAGGUUAAGCUAAAAAGCCAGACUUCAAACUUUCCAUCCAUCUGUUUUCCAAACCCCGUUGUGUUCCUGGGGUCAGAAGGAUGUUGAGGCCUACCCAGCAACUGAAGGUGGGGACAGUUUACCCCUCUAUCACAGGAAAGACUUAAACAUAUACCAUUGAUACAUUUGUAUUGUUUCUAUUUCGUUUAUUUCUAAAAUGUCAGUGACAAAGUUCUUACAAGCUCUAGACAAAGAAUGGGUUGCCUAAAAACCAAAGAAAUACCUAAAUGAGGCCAAUUGUGAAAUACUUGCAGUACACUUAAUCUUUAAUAAUUUGAGAUUAUAAUAGUCCAAUGCAGUCCAGGUUAUUCCAAUGAGGCCAAAUGAUUAUAAACGAAUUUUAAUAAUUGUCACAAACAGAUUACAGGGAUGAGUCUUGGGUGAAAUCCCUAUCCUGAGCAUGAAAUCCAGUGACUGUUGGAGGUAAAUUCCCUCCAACAGAAAGAACCUUUGGCGAUUGGCGAGAUCCUUUUUAGUGUAAAUGGUGCUUUUAGAUCAACACAAAAUCACCAUCUAUUCUGCUUAGCAGCCAAAAACCAAAGCUAACAUACAGUAGAUGCUACUGUAAUAGAAGAGUCAACAACCAAAGUUGUCAUUAGUUGGAGGCCUAGUGGAUACAACUGAGGCACGCUCCAAGCGAGUUAAAAAGACAGGUUCCACAAAAAGAAACUAGCUCAGGAAGAUACUGGUGUAUCAGGUGUUUAAUCAGGUACAAAGUGUAAGGUCUAAACUUGGAGUUGAUCUAGUAUGUAAAGCAGGUGUGUUAUGGGUUUAAAUUCAGGGGUAAAAAAAAAAGAAAAAUGUGUUGAAUGACUGAAUGGUUUCUGUGACGGUGCUGUUUGUUCACAUGUAAACAAAGGUUGGCAGGGUUUACUCAAUUGCAGCCCUUAGCUGGACUGUUUCUCCACCUGAACAUGCACAUGCAUACCCACAUGCUCCCACUGAUGUUGCAGAACCAAUCAAAGACUCUGAGCCUGGCAGAUGCCGGCAGGUGGCGGCCACACAGACCAGCCUGUCAGCUCAACAGGUUCUCAGAUCUAGAUCAACAGUGUAGCCAUACAGUCAGAAUCCUUUGCAGCUGUUGUUUUUUUUCUUUUGUUGUGAUGAUUGUUGAUUUGAACUUGUAGAUGCUCUGCCGUGUUCAGAAACUAUAAAAGAAAUUUGUGACACCAAA